CCUUGAGAACGAGGUUGAACAUUGUAAAAGUGAUCGUGAGGGUACGUACUUGUGUCACUCAGAGUGGUCUUGUUGCAAAGGUUACUGUGAUAUUUUCGUUUCAAAGAUGGGGAAUCGAGGUAUGGAAGACCUUAUUCCCGUAAUGAACAAAAUCCAAGAUGCGUUCGCUCACAUUGGGCAGCCAUCGAACGUAGAUUUACCGCAGAUCGCCGUCGUCGGAAGUCAAAGUGCCGGCAAGAGUAGUGUGUUAGAAAACUUUGUAGGCAGGUAGGGCAUUUAUUUUAUGAUAUAAUUGAGUUCUUUUCGGCGUCAUCUGUCUUGAAAAUAAAUACAUCGUCAUGUAGGGACUUUCUUCCGAGAGGAUCUGGAAUCGUCACAAGAAGACCGCUGAUACUGCAACUCCAUCCGGCCAAGACAGGUUUGUUUUUUUGAAAUUAGCUUCAAAAUGGCGAAUGGGAAUUUAGCUAGCUUUCCGGGACACGUUGAACUUCAAGUCACUGAGUACGGCUGUUUUAAUGGGGUGUGACAAAGCCUGUUUAUCAAUGCAUUGAUGUACAUUUAAAUUUACUCUACUUGUACAAACAUGCAGUCUAUUGUACGGUCAACGUAUUUUACUUUACUUCUACAAUUGUUCAUUAUAUUUUUGCGAAUAGACAUCUGGGCCGGGUUGUUCAAAGCUGGGUUAAGAUAACCCAGGGUUAGUAUAAAAUUUGAUUUAAGAUCUGAAAGCUUGAAGAAAAAAUUCAGCUUAAAUCUUUUUGUCUUCAAUUUGUUGAUCGAAUGCUCUGAAAAUAAAUGGAGAAAAUCAUCCUCAAACAGCUUUUGAACAGAGAAAAAUAGAAACCUAGAUUAAAAUUUAACCCUGAGUUAGCGCUAAUCGGCCUUCGAACAACUGGGCCCUGUUCAACAAGAUUACGUUACAGGCUAUAAAUAAAGCUGACCUAUUUUUUUCUUCUUUUUUUUUCGAUUUGAGUUUUAUCAUAAAAUUUAAAAUACAAUUUGUUACAACGUCCGUGAUUCUUAUAGCGUAGGCAGGGAUUAGUACAGAAAGAGGUACAACCCCUCUUGUGCAAAUUUUACGAAUUUUCAGUUACAUGUCAGAGACUGACUUGCUACGAUAAUAGUCACUUCAUUGUUUGUGACUAAUGCAAUUUUGUCUCGUGGGAUAUCAUUAAUGUACAUUUAUGUAAAAAUUGUACACAUUUUGGAAAAUGGUUAGAGAAAAUGUAAGACAAACAUCAGUAUCAAUAGUAAUGUAAUUAACCCUUGAACUCCCUUGAGUGACCAAGACAGAAUUUCUCCUUACAAUAUCAAUACAAUAUCAAGCAGACAAGUGAUGAGAAUAUAGAAAAAUAUCAGUUAGGGAAUUAUAAGUUGAUUCCAAACUUUCCAAACUAACAUUACAAGAACUGUAUGGGAGAAGUAAAGAGAAUUACUCAAGAGAUCUUGGGAGUUAAAGGGUUAAAAGAAAUUAUAUUCAUAAAUGUGUGAAUAAACUAGAUUUACGUUAUGUUGGCACAUGCACAUUUUUGUAGUCUGUGUUUUUCGUUGUAGAGUGGGCAGAAUUUCUCCAUUGCAAGGGAAAGAAAUUUGUUGAUUUUGAAGAAGUGAGAAAAGAGAUUGUUGCAGAGACUGACCGAGAAACUGGUAGCAACAAAGGAAUCUCAUCAAUACCAAUUAACCUACGAGUUUAUUCUCCUCAUGGUAUGCAACUUUCUUGUUAAGGAUUUGUUUUAACUAAUUGCCAACCAAUAAUGAAUGUAGAUAAUAAACAUAUUUUUGAUUGUGUGGUCUAAUUGUCCGGGAGAAGUUUGUGCAAACUGAUUGGUCCAUUUAGCCAUGAUGUUACUGUUUACAAGAGUCAUUUGUGGUGUAAAUGUAGUGCACAAGAGGUUUGUAUGGUGCCAAAAGUUGUUGGCAUCUGUUGAGGGGAGUCUGUCCUACAAGUUAGAGAACCAUGCAGCUUUCCAGAAUUGGUUGUUGAAAAUAGUUAGUGUUGUAGGUUACGCAUUGUGCAGAGUCCCAGUCAAUAGCAUGGCUGGUAAUUUGAUGAAGUAUAGUUAUGCAACUUUUGUAUACGAAUUUAAUUCACAAGAAAAUAAUUAUAUGUUAUGUCAAGUACAGGAUUUUUCUUAAGUUUUCCAAUAAGUGUUUAUUGAGUAACUUGUCACUUAGUGUCUCAGAACCUCUACAAAUGUUUUAUCUCUAAUGUCUCAUCCUACCAGUAUAACAUCAAAAUUGCUUUAAUUCAAAUUCUUGAAGACCCUGGUUCUUUCUUCCAAACCUUUAUCUAAAGAACUCUACCUUGUGUUUUUGCAGUAUUGAAUUUGACGCUAGUAGAUCUUCCUGGUAUGACAAAAGUUCCUGUAGGCGACCAGCCUCCAGAUAUCGAAAUGCAGAUCAGAAGUAUGUUAUUUCAGUUCAUCACCAAACCAAACUGCUUGGUGCUAGCAGUGUCUCCUGCAAACUCAGAUCUGGCAAACUCUGAUGCAUUAAAGAUUGCAAAAGAGGUUGAUCCUGAGGGUAAGAUUGGCAUCUUUCUUGCAGCCAAUUAUUUUAUUGGAAUGUAUAUCAUUUAUGCCAUUUUCAGAAAGUGUUUGGUUGAAGAAAGAUACAGCAAAAUUUAAAUUUUUUUUCAAUUUUUUUCCUUUUACCCCAACUGUUUCACUUCCAAGAUCUCAUUGGUAAUUCCCCUAAUUGAUUAUUUUUUUUGUACUCAUCACUUGUCUGCUUGAUAUUGUAUUAAUAUUAUAAGGAGAAAUUUUGUUUUGGUCACUUUUGAGUGGAAGGUUAAUUUUUACUGAUUUGAAACUCUUGUUGACAAUAUCCUGGUUAUUCUUUACAAACAACAAAGGGUCAAUGGUAAAUCUGGAAACUGCAAAAAUUACAGUAAUCAUAUAUUGAUUGUGUGCAGCUUGUGGAUGUCCUUCUUGAUUUUUUAUUCCAGGAGUGCGAACAAUUGGAGUGAUAACAAAGUUAGAUCUCAUGGAUGAAGGAACAGAUGCCAGAGAAAUUCUUGAGAACAGAGUCCUCCCCUUAAGAAGAGGUACUGUCUGAUACACAUUGCAAUGAAAUGAUAUACAUUGCAAUGAAAAUUUUUGUGCAAAUCUCUAGACUAUUUUUUGGUGUCCUUUUCAGGUUAUGUUGGUGUGGUAAACAGAAGCCAGGCAGACAUUGAUGGUAGAAAAGACAUUAAAUCAGCCCUCGCCUCUGAGCGAAAAUUUUUUCUUAGUCAUGCAUCCUACAGGUAAGUACAGACAUGUAUCAUGAGCACAGAUUUAUUUUGCCUAACAAGCUGGAGACUGCUGAAUAGGUAGGAGCAGCCCAAAGGGUGAUUAGGGCAUCCCCUUUCUACUUGAGGUCUGGUGGUCCCAGAAUUUUCAAGCCCUUCACCUUACUGCCUACUGCUUCUAAGUUUUUCUUAGUUCACAGCCCUCCUACAUUUAAUUCCUGGUCUUAUCUUCUUUGCUACUGAUCUCUGUUUGCCUCUCGACUGUGGGGAUUUUUGAUCAGUUUAUGUUUCUUUGGAAUAUUUGUUUCAUUCUGUGUUCAAAUUUACCUUGAAAGACCUCACCAAUGGAGUUUUUAUAUAAAUAAUGAUAGUGAUUAUUAUUGUUUUGAAAUAUCUCGGGCACUUCUGAAUAACAGCUCCUAAUUUUAUACUUCCUGUAAUCUUUUCAGGCAUAUUGCAGACAAAAUGGGAACAGGUUAUUUACAAAAAGUUCUUAACCAGGUGAGUUCUGUUCCCUUGGUUUUUUUAUACCUCUACUUAACAAAUAGAGAAGCCUUGACUGUGCUCUAUUCUGUUGUAAAGCAUGCAUGAAGCGGCUAGAGCACGAAAGAAGUGUAGGGGGAAACACGAGACGUAGUCGAGUGUUUCUCCCCACUUCUUGAGGCUUCUCUAUUUGUUUUAUAAUAAAUGAUCCAUUAAAUUCCCCAAGAAUUACUUUCAAUUUUCAAAACAAAUCUUCAGUGUCAGCUUCUCUAUUUGUUUUAUAAUAAAUGAUCUGUUAAAUUUCCCAAGAAUUACUUUCAAUUUUCAAAACAAAUCUUCAGUGUCGUCAGUAUGCUCUAUACUCUCAUAAAGCACGCUACAAUAAGCCAAUCAGAAUCCCUGUUAGAAUGGUUCAAAUAAUCUGAUUGGCUGUAUAAGACUAAAGCUGUCAAAAAUGUCAAACCAUCAAAGUUAACGAAAGAAAAGCUAGAAAGAAGUCCCAGAAAAGGUCGGACAUAGUACGAUUUGGCAGAUGGCGUGACAGCUUUAGCUCAGUUCUAUGCUUUAUACUCUUAUAGAGCACGCUCUUUCAACCAAUGAUAGUACGUGUUAUAUCCGAGCUUUAUUAUAAUGGUACAUAAAUCCCAAUCAAGAUUUUACUUACAUGAAAACAUUGUUUGUGAGGAUUUGAUAUUUAUGACAUUAAAUUAAAGUCCACUGAUAAUCAUAUGUAUUUAACUGAAAUCAAUUAGUGUGGUUCCAACACAUGUAUUAUUUUGACAUGAUUGAUAUUGAUUUCUGCGGACCUGAAACAUUUUGCCCCAGUCAAUUUUUAACAAUGAUUGUUUUCAUAGCAACUGACCAAUCACAUUAGAGAAACUUUACCAGCCCUUCGAAGCAAGCUUGAAGAGAACAUUAUGGCACUUGAAAAGGAAGUCAAGGGCUUCGAACAUUAUAAUCCAGAUGAUCCAUCCAUGAAGACGAAAGCCCUCAUGCAGUCAGUAUCCAACUACUCUUUGUGCACGUCUUAAAAUUAGUUUUGUGCAUUUGUUCAAAUGUAUAUGAUAUGUAAGACAGCCUUAACCCUUUAACUCCCAAGAUCUCAUCGGUAAUUCUCCUUACUGUCUGCCAUAUAGUUCUUGUGAUGUUAGUUUGGAGAAUUUGGUAUUGAAUCAACCAAUAAUCCCUUAUUGAUAUUUUAUUUUUUCUCGUCACUUGUCUGCUUGAUAGUGAAUUGAUAUUGUAAGGAGAAAUUCUGUCUUAGUCACUCAUUGGAGUUAAAGGGCUUAUUGGUAAUGUCCUACUAUCUUAUAGUGUGCAUUUCACUUUGGAAUCUUGGUAUGGAGAAACACUUUGAAACCAAUCAUAGUUGCAAAUAUUGUACUCUUUCAAAACAAUGUCUAAUAAUGACAUUGAUGUCUUAGGAGGUAGAAGAUUGGAGCACACCACAAAUUGGUAAUGCAAGGUAUCAUUGAUUCAGAAGAAAAACCAGCAUUUUCAUUAAAACUGAAGUAGCAUACAAAUUAUUUGCACUUUCCUUAUAAUGGCUGGUAUUCCUUUUUUUAUAGCUUAAUAAACACUGAUUUUGGAUGUCUGGAUUAAGUGCACUCAAAAAAUUAUGAUCAUCAUUAACCAGAAUGGCGGCUUAUUUUUCACUCCUGAGACUUGAUACGAGAUAAGUUUGUUUGACGGUGUUUUUAAUCAACACCUUUUCUUUUUCAUAAGAAUGUGGUCUGCACAUAAACAUUAUUUGAAGUCAAUGUUUAUUAUUUUUCAAGAAAAUGUAUUCUUUAAUAGGAAGGAAAAUAGAAUAUUCCCUUGCAUCUCCAUUGCAAACCCAAGAAGAUGAGUCAGUGCUUAUCAGAACUAGUUCUUUACUCUGAAAUUUAGUUCAUCUACUUUUGGCAAUUUUAACUUCUUGAAUCAGGCCUUUUAUUUUUCUCUUUUUGACUGUUAAUUCUUAUUUAACAGGAUGAUACAGCAAUUCAAUGGAGAUUUUGAGAAAGCCAUUGAAGGGUCUGGUGAUUCAAUUGAUACCAAAGAACUCUCAGGUGGAGCAAAAAUCAACAGGAUAUUUCAUGAGAGGUUCCCAUAUGAGUUAGUUAAGGUAAAUAUGAUAACUGCUCCAAGUGCUCAUUACCCCAAAGCAACUCCUUUUUUCAACUCUUUCAUGAAGACUGUGAUUUCUCAAUGUUUGGGGAAAUAUGAAACAAAUUCACUUCUUCUGUGCAGUGCAAUAUUUGUUGUAAACAAAAUAUGCAAAUCGAGAUCCUAGACAAAAAACAUAAACUUUACAGGAGAAUUGUAGAUUAUUACACCUUUUGUUAUUGGAUACCAGCUACUCUAAAACACUUUAUCAGUUGUAUUGCAUUCUUUUUAGAAUUUCUAUUUUUCUUUUAACAAAUUAAGCUUAGAUGAUUUCUCUAAGUAAAUAGCAAUGAAAUAACAAAAUUUUGAAAUUUUUGACCAGAUUUUGUCAAUAGUAACCUUAAGUUGCCCUCUAGCCUAAAACUGGAGAAGUGAUUUGUCUUGAGUGAAUGCACUUAAGUUCAUUUAUAACUGGAUUGAUUUGUAAUGGAAUCUUUUCCAUUACAGGUAAUUUAGUGUUAACAACUGAGUUGAAAACAUAAAUUGACCACUGUAAAGAGUAUAAAAGCUGACGUUUCGAACAUUAGCCCUUUGUCAGAGCAAUUGACGAAGGGCUAAUGCUUGAAAUGUCAACUUUUUUACUCUUUACGAUAGUCAAUUUAUGUUUCCACUCAGUUGUUAACACUAAAUUAUCUGCUAUACUCUCCCACUGAUGCAGCACCACAGUUUCUUUAGAAACUUACCCCCUUUUCUAUUACACUUUAGGUGGAAUUUGAUGAGAAACAGCUCAGAAAGGAAAUUAUGUUUGCCAUCAAGAACAUCCAUGGUAUCAGGUAAAUGUGCAGUUUAGUUUGAUUUUGUUGGUCACUUUUCUUAUUUUGCAGACCUAACUAGACUUUGCUCAGUCCUAUUACCAUUACUGAGGUUGGUUUUUCAUGAUAGGGUUGGUCUUUUCACUCCUGAUAUGGCCUUUGAAGCAAUAGUAAAGCGGCAAAUUGAGAAACUGAGGAGUCCAGCAGUGAAGUGUGUGGAUAUGGUUAUGUCUGAAUUAACCAAUGUCAUCAAGAAAUGUACAGAUCCGGUAAGGUGGAAUUGUAAAUUACAACAAUCAUAUUGAGACCUAAGAUCAGUGUCAGUAACUGAGCAACUACACACCCACUCCUCCCCCAACCCAACAAGAGUCAACUAACAAAAAGUUAGAGGGUUAGGGGAGGGGGAGGGGGAGGGGAGCAGUUGUUGAGAUACUGACAUUGGCCUGAAACUUGCACUCUCUUUCAAGUCCAUUGCUUAUUAAAAUUAGGUCAGAAAUCAAUUUGAUGAGUAAGUAAAUAAUGGAAGUGAUCAAUCUCAGGUCUGCAGAGGAUUUCUGUCAGCUAGCUAAAAUUAAUUCCAAGUCAAACUGUCAGCAUUCAGUUGGGACUUGAGUCUUGAAAUAAAGAUGGAUUUUUCCCUGAAUGAAUGAAUCAAAGGAAAAAAGAGGAACCAUAUUACCAAUGACUACCUAGGUAGGUCAAAAAACAGAAUAGAAUCCUUGAUUGGAAUACUUAGGAUAUACAGUUGUUAAAAUACAGUUUGAAAAGUGUGCAUGUCAUAAAAUAUUUAAGAUAAGGUAUGUGCGGGUGCACUUUCAAUUGAUGUUGGCUAAUUCAAGCAACCCUCAUGCAGGGGUCUAUACUGUCAUAAUCUUCAAGGUAACAUUUAAUGUGAUAUCUAAGUGGAUUUAUUUAAUUUGCAGAUUGACAAAUACCCUUUACUGAGGGACCAGGUGGAGAAAAUUGUUGUAGAACAUGGAAGAAAGGGAGAGGCCAAAUCUAAAGACCAGGUACAAUUACAAUGAGAUUGAUUUGUGUACUUUUAAUCGAGCUCAUCUUGGUUUCCUCAACAUGAAGUGACUGGGAGUGUUACUUCCUCCCCUCCCCCUACCUGAAUGUUAUGCCAGUCCAUCACAAGGUUAUCCCCCUAGCAUUUUAUCAAGUAUCCUGACACAUGUCUGGUAUCCAUAUAUACUCCUGGUUGGAGAUAGACACUGUGAGUGCAAAUUGCUUUGCCCAAGAACACAACACAAUGACUAGGCCAAGUCUUGAACCAGGUUCUCUCGACCUGGAGACCAGAACAUUAACUAUUUGGUCACUAAGUCUCCAAUCAAGAUGUGCAAGGACUACUGUAAAAUUUUGGUAGUGUUGUUUGUCAUGAAAUUCUUUGGAACACAUUCCUAACACUACAACAUCUCACAAGAUUUAUUGUCAUGUUGCAUUCCUGUGAAUUUUUCAGUAUUCACACAUCGAGUACAUGCUUGUAAAUGUUAAGAGUAUAUGGAACACAAUGUCAUCAGGUUAUAUGCUUUUGGUAACAUGCAUUUCAUGUACUGGUGCUAAUUUCAUAAAAGUCAUGUAAUUCACGUUUAAUUUUAUCCACAGGUCAAAACAUUUAUUGAUAUGGAGCUUGCAUACAUUAACACAAAUCAUCCUGAUUUUAUUGGUUAUGCAGCGUAAGUUAAAGUGUUUUCACUGAAAGAUUUUAACUCAAACUCUCCCUGAAUGCUCCUUAUUUAAUAUGCAGUACAAGAUUACAGGGUUAAUUUUUUUGCAUUUUCUUUACAGAGCAUCAAGUACAUCCAAUCCUGGUGAAAAAAGACAAAAAGAACUAUCUCCAAUCAGGUGUGUUCAUCAUUUUGGUUGAAUUGUCCCUCAACUCUUUGACUCCCAAGAUCUGAAUGUAAAUUCUCUUCUCUAGCUGCCACACAUUUCUUUGUAAAUUAGUUAAGAGAAUUUGGAGAUAGAUCAAGAUAACAACUUCUACCUGAUAAGUUUGAGUAUUCUCAUGACUGCUUGCUGAAUAAUUUAUGGAUAUUAUAGGGAGAAGUUACAUCUCAAUUACCUGUAGGAGUUAAGGCUUAAGGUUGUAGAGUUCCUUAGCUGGAAGUGAAUCAUGUCACUUACUACAUUCUUUUGCUGACCUACCUUGUGAUGGUGCAUAUCUGCAAGAGUACUUUCUGUUAUGGGGUUAAGCAUUUUCUUUUACAUUUUUGACUCCAAAGAGUGACCAGCAUCUAAUUCCUCUUUUCAAUGUUACCCCUGAAUCACACAUUCAGGUUGCAGAAUGACAGAAAUGAUCACCAUGGAUAGUUAAAUAAAUUCUCCUUGAAAGAAACUAAGGAAAAGGAUAGAAGACAGUUUGGAGAAGAUUCAUACUGAUGUUGGGGUGUAAAUGGAUAAUGAACUCAGGAGUAUAGUUGAAUGCUUGUUAAUUGCCAGGAAAAUCUGACAGAAAUGGGGUAAUCUUCAAGGGAUGAUUACACUUUCUAAGUUAAGUCCUGGAGCCCAGUGGACCAUCUUAAUCAAUGUUAACCCUCAGUUUCUGUACCUCAAAAUAAGAGGAGUACAGAAAAGUAUAUAGAUCAGCAGUGUGUUCAAUCAAAGCAUUUUGGCUUCUAAUUUGGCGUCUGCACUUUUUGUCUCCUCUCAGGUGAUUAGGAAAGGCUGGCUCACAAUAAGCAAUACAGGAUUUAUGAAGGGAAUCAGCAAAGAGUACUGGUUUGUACUUACAGGUAAAUUGCAUAAGUUAAAGUGUGUGUGGAUAUCCAGGCUCUCAAAUCCUUAUGACUGUCUGCUACUGUCAUGCUUCCAUUUUAUCUGCUGAUAACACCUUGGUAAGUUGUCAGACCCAGUGGAGUCCAAUUUGGUCUGUAAUCAGGCAAGUGAAUACAAAAUGGAAGGACAGUGAACCAGGAGUCUGAUUUGUCAAUCACAAUUUUGAUAAAAGGUUGUUAAAAUUCUGUUACCAAUUAAUCCUAGACAUUAUGAUGUCUGAAAAACCAUAAACAUAAUUAUUACAAUAAUUAGAAAAAUCCUCCAUUUUGGAAAUUCCACAGUUUGUAGGGUAAGUGGUUGUUGCCAUGAUUAUUGUAAUCAAUUCUGUGAUUUGUGGAUUUGGCUGAGUGGACUUAGUGUGGUUGGCUAAUUUAACUGUCCAAACACGGAUAUCCGCUUACAGCCUAUACAACUCUACAGAAUAAUUAGUGAAAAAUAAAACAGCAAAUGGACCAAUCACAUUUGAGGACAUUGUAAUGGUUAUGACUAGCUGCCUAAGUAGUGAUAACGUCACGGUAAUCAUCAUUAUGUAUUCUUUCAGCUGAAUCGCUUUCAUGGUACAAGGACGAGGAGGUAUGUUGAACUUGAUUCAGCCCUUUGACACCUAAAAGUGACUAACAUUAAAAUUCUCCUUCCAAGAUCAGUGCUGAAUCAUUUUUAAGGUCACAGGAAUAUAGGAAGUUAUCACCAGCUAUUGAUAAGCCGUUGAUUGUUAAACAAAUUCUCCUUGUCAGCACCUUAGGAAAUGUUUAGAGAACAGUACGGAGAAUAUGCAUACUGAUGUUGGAAUGUAAAGGGUUAAAACACUAAGUCAGUAGUCUGAAAGGUUGAUUUCAAAACAAAGAUCAACAGAGGUAGACAUCAUUCUCCUCAGUGGCGAAGAAGUCGCCAUGGCAACCAAGCCACAACCCAUCCUGAAGCACUUAUCAACACAAAACCAACAAAGUGAUAUGUGGAGAAUAUACAUUUGCUCACUUAGUUGGUGGGCGGAAGGGAAGGAAACCAUUAGGGUGGAAUGAAAUUGAGCGAAAGCAGAAGAAAUACCUCUGCAAAACUCUGUAGAACGCCCCGCAUCCCAAUGGUGAUACUGGCGCGUUUCUUUGGUUUCAUUUGGAUAAAAUACAUUUAGUUUCAUAAUAAUAUUAAGGAAAACUAUGCCAAUCAGAAACUAUCAACUCUUUCCAAAACAUCCGCACGUUGUUGCCUCCUAUCUUAACCUAGUUCUUGCGUAUUGCGGUAAAAUCGUCCAGAGCUGGACGAUUAUUGCAAGGCAAUCAGAGCGCGUGUAUCUCUAUAAUCAACUGAACCACCAUACCCACUCUGCCUGCAAUCCGUUUGAUUAUUAGGAGAAGGAACAGAAAUAUCAAUUGAGAUUGGAUAAUGUGCGCCUGCGUGAUGCUGAGGCAGGAUUCAUGUCCCGAAAAGCUGCCUUUGCUAUCUUCAAUCCUGAUCAAAAGUAAGUCGAUUUUUUUCCUUUUGUUUUCAUGUUGGACACCACUGAUUUUUCACCUUUCUUUGUUGUACUCUUAGUGCGUUUGGGAGUCUGAAACUUCAAGAGAAACAGGGACGUUGAGUACGGUUGCGCGAUAUCUUCAGUUUACGUGCAGUGUUCGUUUGUCAAAGAAGAAAUUUUUGGUGCGCAUGAGUAAAUGUCGUUUCGUUAUUAUGCAUCAUCAUAAUACUGCUGUAGUUGGGUGUAACGCGUCUCCUAAAAUAAAAUGCUUUUGGUGAUGCUUUACCUGGCGACAAAGCUCAAAGCUUCUCUAUAAUUUACGAAGGACAGUGGCUUCGUGUGUUGCGAGUAACUAUUUUAUUUUUUUUUUUUUUUAAGAAAUUUAUUUAAAGACCACAAAGCGUUGGAGCUUGCAGGAGAAAACCAGGACGUUAUAGACAGUUGGAAAGCCUCGUUCCUUCGAGCCGGAGUGUACCCUGAGAGAGAUACAUCGGAGGAUAAGGGCUUGGUAAGGACCGCAUGAAAAGAAGAAAGAAAAGAAAGUGCUAUUGCUUUAUUGAAGACCCUCUGAAUUAUCUUGAUUGAUGGAGAGGUUGACGCAAGUUUUAUUGACCAAUGGCCGCGCGCGCAUUGAGGCAAAACUCAGGCGACUCUCGAUACUUCACUGAAAAUUACCUUGCCUGCUUUCAUUCGGUUUGUUCUCAUUUUACAGCAAGGUGAGAUAGGCACCUUAGAUCCUCAGAUGGAACGUCAAGUGGAAACCAUCAGAAACUUGGCGGAUUCUUACCUCAAGAUCGUCAGCAAAACUGUCCGGGACCUCGUCCCUAAAACUGUGAUGUUCUUCAUUAUAAAUAAUGUAAGCUCACGCUGCUGUGGUCGUUACUCUAUUUAGAAGGUGCUUUAGUCACUUCUAGCGCUGCAAACUUAUGUAGUGAUUGCUCUGGUAAAUUUUUCCAGCACAUCUCAUUUGCAAUAGUUUGUUGUUGCAACAGGCGAGCUGGUUUCCAAACCUGCACAGCUUAAAGACAUCCCUGAGACUCAGGUAGAAGGAAUAAUGGUCGGUGCACAUUGCGACCGCGACCGCGUGGUGUUUACGGCAAACUUAGUCGUGUGUAUUGUUUCCAGAACAAAUCGUUACGACUUAUUUUAUACUUAUGAACAUUUGGCAGAUCAGUGGAAGCAUUUUUUUACUCAACUUUGCGCCAGCUUUAUUUCAUUUCGGUCAUACUCAUUAGCUGAAGUUUUCUGUACGUCUAAACAGACGAAUGUCGAGACAGUCAAUAAUAUUAUGCAUUUUUUUCUAACACACGUUAGGUGAAGGAAUUCAUUGGUCAGGAGCUGUUAGCCCAUUUAUACUCGGGUGGGAAUCAGGUAAGAAAAAAAAAUCAAACGAGAGAUGUGAUCUUGAUAUUACAUGUAUCGUUCAUACUGAUGACUGUCCACGCACACCACACAAGCUUGAAUAAGUAACAUUGGAACAAUGGUAAUAUCUCAGCAACUGUGCACCUACUCCUCCCCUAACACAACAACAGUCACCUAAUAACAAGUUAGGGUUAAUGUUGGGUUAUUAAGGGAGAGGUAAGUGCAUAGUUUCUCAGGUACUGAAAUUGAUCCGCAACAGUUUGCCUACUCUGAGCAGAGUAACGUGUUAUAAAAGAGAAGGAAAAGAAACUAUAAUUUCUAAAAAUUUAUUUAACAACGCAAUCAGAUUCUACCAGGGUCGGGACUCUACUCUAAACGAAACAAAAAGACAACGAAAAAAAAAACAGAGAGGAUCUACUUUGACGUCUCAUUUCUUAAAUCCUUGAAUCAGGGGUGAGAUCCAUUUAAGGGGCCUUCUUACAUUUACCUUACGUUUAAGCGACCCCUUCCCUUUCCCCCUUCCCCCCCUUCCUGCUCACGGAAAAAUGCGGUGUGUUUAUUCUCCGUGAUUUAGAAUGACUUGAUGAAAGAAAGCGAAGCUGAAGUCGUUCGUCGGGAGGAAAUGCUGCGCAUGUUCCACAGUUUGAAGGAAGCUCUACGGAUUAUUAGCGAUAUAGACGCGAAUACCGUAACCACAUCGCUGCCACCUCCUGUCGACACAGGGGACCGUGACUUACUCGAUUCAUACAAGCCUCCCGGGUAUUAAGUUUUUACACUCUAACAUCAGUAUGCACAUUCUCCAUACUAUUUUCUAUACACUUGCUGAGGUGCUAUCAAGGAGAAUUUGUCUAACAAUCAAGAGCUUCUUUAGUUGGUGAUCAUUUCCUUUAUUCUCGUGACCUUAAUGUGUGAUUGAGGGGUGAUAUUGUAAGGAGAAAGUCGAUGUUAGUCAGUCUAAGGGGUCUAAGGGUUAAGGAUGACGUCUUUGAAACGCUGAAGUUAGCCUUAUCCGACUUUAACGAUGCUAGUCCAGAUUAUACAGCGACUCGUUUGAAAUUGUCUUAUUUGUCGUACGAGAGAACUAGCAGCAAGAUUCUUUUUGUGGACGAGGUUGUGGGAAAUUUGGAUAAGGCCUAGAGGACUGUAGAUUAAAUUGGAGGCCACCAGAUUUCUCUGUUUUGAAACCAAGAAUUUGCGAAUCAAACAAGAGAAGCAGCGGCGAAACGAAAGAAGGACAAUCCAACUGAUUGGAUAAAAACCUACUACGUUAGGGACCUUAGUUAACCACAAGACGUUGAGCCCGUAGACCGCCAUUUUCAAUGUCAUCUAAAUUCGAAAAAAACAAAUUGAAUGUGGUCCAUCAUCCAAGCGCAUACGAAAGAUUUAAGGAAGUGAAUAUAUGACUCUAGUAAUGUCCUAGCUCAACGUAGAAUCUCUGUGACGAGAGCCUUGGAGCCAGUUUGGUUUCCUUAUUGGUACUUAGAACUUUCUUUGUCCCACGCUCAAGACAAGACGUGAGAAAAUCCUUCUCCAAUGUUAAGGGAUAUUAUGGAGCACACAUCUAUGUAACGAACGACAAAAAUAUUAAAUUUACUUUUUCUUACAGAAGCAGUAGACAACCUCCUGUUCCUAGGGCAGGUCAUCCGAGUCCUACCCCACCGUCUCGACCGUCCCGUCCCGUUCCGGGCGUACCAUCCCGACCAGACAGUGCUCCUUCUGUACCCAGGUAAUUACAUUUGCUCUUGUCCGCCUCGCAUUUAGUAGCUUUGAAACGUAGUUGUGUAACAAAAGCGGUGGCUCAUUUGGUUAUCGCAAGAAAAUUAUCUUAGUUAUUGCUCUUCGUUUGGACAUAAGGCAUUUCAAGAGUGUAAAUGCACUAUUUUUUUUAAUCUAAUUUUUUAAUCACAGGAGACCCAAUGCGCCAGGCAAACCGGCUCCUCCUCCACCAAUACCUGGUCGGCCUCCUGUGCCAUCAAGACCUUGAAUGUCACGCAACUGCAUCAGCAUCGAACCCGCUUGUCAUGCAAGAUGUAUUUUCUUAUUCUUCGAUUACUAUUUUGUGUAAAUGUACCUGAAGUUAGGCAUACCAAAUUUUUUAAUUGAUCAUCGACUUGACGGCAAAUUUUUUGGCAAAAACUUUAAUAAUAUAUUUGCAAAAGGAAAAGUUCAUCCUUCUCAUUACUCCUAAGUACCACCUAGAAGACCGUACUUUAAUUGUUUCCCACCACUAACACGCGGUGUUUGGUGAAAUCGUCCCAUUUAGAAUAAUUCCGAAAGGUACGCUGUAGUAUGAUCAGAACGACUGGUCAAUUGGCUUAGUUUGAUUUAGUCAGUAUAUAUAGUUAAAUAGGUAGGUUUGUAUAAUUACGUUUUUGAAGAUGAAGCCCUGAAAGGCUUGAUGGAUGGAAGGGUGAUUUCUUUGGCGGCAGGCUUAAACGAACGAAGAAAUGACUGAAAAAAAAAAUUCGUUUUUUCUUGUACUCGUGGUAUGACUGACGUAACUCGAUUAUUGACCUUCAUAAUUUCGCUUCAGAUUGGUGUUAGAAUCGAGUCAAGCUUGAAAUUUACCUUCCAGAUACAUAUGUUUGUUUAGAAUACACAAUUAAAAAUGAUGGUUUCGAAAUUUACGUAGUUAUAAAUUAAAUCGAGAACCAUACUUGUAGUUGUAGACAUUUGAAAGGUUCAUCAACUUUGUACACUCCUAAACAUCUGGCAAUGUUUGCUCCUUGAUCCGACUUCAUUAUUCGUGGUUGGUUUUGUUUUUAUAACACUCACUGAGUUGAAAAGCGCUAUAAAGGCUUGCUCGAUUAUCUUCAAAGUGUAGCCGGUUCAGUAACUAACAAUAUUUAGUAACAGGGAAAGAUGGCGAGCUCGAGGCACUUGCCUCGCUUAGCAAUGUA